AUGGAUUCUGUUGGAGUUAUUGACCUACCAAAUAUCAGUUCAAUAAUCAAAGAAUCAGGGACAAUACAUCCAAAUACUACUAGCACUGCAAAGUCGACGAUAACAUUUUCAUCAACACCAGAAACCAUCUCAACUAUAUUCAGCACUCCAGCAAUACUAGAAACAAACUUAACUACACUGAGCACUUCAGCAACGGAAUUCUCAACUCCAACCACUACGGCACCAUCGAUGAGUUCUCCAGUAAAAUUAGAAACCAAUUCAACUACAUUAAGCAAUCCAACAACAUUCGGAACAAAUUUAACUGCAGCAAGUACUUCAAAAACAGAAUCUACAAUUCCAAGUACUUUUGUGCCUUCGACGAGUUUUAUAGCAGUACCAGGAAUCAACUUAACUAUACCAAGCACUCUAGUAAAACCAGGAACAAACGUAAUUACUCUGAGUACUUCGGAAAUAAAAUCCUCAACUCCAAGCACUUCGGUACCAUCGCUGAGUUCUUCAGCUGCAUCAGGAACUAGCUCAACUAAACCGAGCAAUCCAGCAACUCCAGAAACCAAUUCAAUAACAUUAAACACUCUAAAAACAGAAUCUACAACUCCAAGCACUUCAGCGCCACUGCUGAGUUCUUUUACAGUACCAGGAUUCAACUUAACUACACCAAGCACUCUAGUAAAACCAGAAACAAACUUAAUUACACUGAGCACUUCAGAAAUAGAAUCCUCAACUCCAAGCACUCCGGUACCACUGCUGAGUUCUUCAGUAGUAUCAGGAACUAGCUCAACUACACCGAGCACUCCAGCAACACCAGGAACCAACUCAAUUACACUGAGCACUUAA